GCGCGCCGCCCGCACGUUUGGUUCGGGUCAUUAAAGCGAUCGUACAUGCCGAUGCUGAAGCGACACGGUCAGUGUCAAUCGGGCUAGUUUGGAGUUAGCCAGCUAGCUGGUUGAAUUCAAGUCCAACAGUUGGAGAGCGACUCGAGCGGUUCUGGGAUGAUGGCGGAGGGCGGCGGGAGCGUCGACCCGGCCGGCCUGCCCCCGGGGGACCCCCAGCUCAUCGCCAUGAUCGUGGAGCACCUGAAGAACCGAGGACUUUUCGACGAGUUCCGCCGCGACUGCCUGGCCGACGUCGACACCAAGCCGGCCUACCAGAACCUUCGUCAGAAGGUGGACAACUUUGUGACGUCGCACCUGAGCACUCAGGAGUGGAAGGCGUCCAUCAACAAGAACCAGAUGAGGAACGGACUCAGACAAAGUGUGGUCCAGUCGGGCAUGUUGGAGUCGGGGGUGGACCGGAUCAUCACUCAGGUGGUGGACCCCAAGAUGAACCACACCUUCAGACCGCACAUCGAGACGGCCAUCCAAGACUUCCUGUCGGGAGACAAGAAGGAUGAGCGCGCCGCCGCCGCCGCCGCCGAACCUUCCGAGCAGCCGUCCGAGGAACCCGAAAGCCCUUAAGGUGGUCGCUCGGGAAUUGGAUUGUGCCUGUUGAGGAGCGGGACACGACGCCAUCGCACGUGGGACGCGUCCGUGUUGAUGUUCCUUCUGGUGAACUCCAACGUGACCGUGACCCGCAUUCAACUUCUCUGACAACACUUUUCUUCCUUUUGUGACAAUUUAUUUGAAUGAAUCAAUUCUGUUCACAGUGCGACAUUUUCUCAAACGUUUUUGACAUUUUUCCAACGAAUUAGAAGACAAACAUCCAUCCGUCCAUCCAUUCAUUUUGUAAAGCGCUUUUCUUUUCCUCUUCAGGUUAGUUCAGGGGUCACGUUCACCCAACCGGACCAGUUUAUUGGUGGCGCGGUAAGCUAAAGACGACGACGACUCUCUAGAUUUUUCCUAUAGUUUUGGGCUGAUUUUUGGCGACCGGUCUGGGGCGUGUAGCCCCUCGGCCAGUGUCUCCCGGAGAACCGGAAGGGACGAACCUGCCGCCAGGAAGUCCUUGUUGCGCGUUUCGGGCUCGGCUCGAAACCAAUUUGAGACGCUCCACGUCUACUUAGCCGAGCAAUAUCGAAGCAGACCAAAAAAACUCAAAAUCUCAGCAAAGCAAAAAGUUUUUUUCUUCCGACAACAUUUCUUAAUAAAAAAUACAUAUAUAUAUAUAUAUAUAUAUAUAUAUAUCGUGAUACCUUGCAACAUUCAAAGUCGAAAAUGUUGUGGCAAAUUAAAAAUGUUUUCAUUUUCCAGCUUGGUGCUAAGGCGCUAUAUGUUCAAGUGAGUUGAGGAGCUUCAUUUAGACAACUGAUUAAAACGUGCAGCGGGUUGUAAAUGUCCCCCGGGCCGCGCUUGGGCCACCCGUGCACUAGGGGGCAGAGCUGAGCUCGUCUCGAUGACGUUCAAACAACUUUUCAAGGCCGGCGGUGUUGCCGUCGCCAUGGCGAAUACGCCGCCGCCGCCGGGAUGGGAGGCCAUCGGCGUCCAAAGUCCCGUUGCGAGGACACGUCUGCGCGUCCGCCAUACUGGAUGUGUCAAAUGUUUUUCCGGACACUCACGCAAGGUAACGAGCGGCAUUCAAAGUGUGUCUCAUUCACACAAUAAUCAAGUUGGGAAACAAAAACAAUAAAAGUCACUUUGAAAUGA